UCCGCAAUCACUAUCUACUGUUAUUCUGCACUGCUUGGCACUGCCACUGCUUCAUAUUAACUGCCUGGCACUGCUACUACUCCACAACUCACUGCCUGGCACUGCCACUGCUUCAUAUUCACUGCCUGGCACUGCUACUACUCCACUACUCACUGCUUGGCACUGCCACUGCUCCACAUUCAGUGCCUGGCACUGCCACUUCUCCACAACUCACUGCUCCAGAACAUACAUGGAGCCAGGAAUGGCUUCCAACAUAUCCAUAGUUCUAAGCAUCAUCUUGAUGAUGGUGAAGUGUGAAGCCUCUCUACCCGCAUGUGAGGUCAACUGUAUCAUUCCUGAUACCUUAGUUGCCGACCCCUUCGAUUGUAAUAAAUACUACAUAUGUACGUCAGAUGGUGACUACAUUGAGGACCCAGUUUCCUGUCCCGACAACCAACUAUUUGAACCAGUCGACCAACGAUGUGUGGAUCCCAGUGUUGUAGAAGUCAUCUGUCCUUCUGACUGUGAGAGAUGUACCUAUAACUGUGAUGAUGCUAUUGUCAAAAAGGCAGCAAAUGAGUUCGACUGCUUGUCUUAUUACGACUGUAGUAAUUUCCUGCCAGUGCUAAUACAGUGUGAAAAUGGCUUAUAUUUUGAUGGUAAUACCUGCCAGGAUGAUAUAAGCAAGUGCUGUGCAUGUAGGAAAUUAUGUACCCAAGAAUAUCUUGGAUAUAACAUUUCUGAUUUACAUAACUGUUCUAACUAUUAUCGUUGUAAUGAAGUGGGGUUCCCAGACGAGAGUCAUCAUGUUCACUGUACCUUAGGAUAUUUCGACGAAGCGACACAGUCGUGUUCAACUAGUAACGACUGUGAGAAUGCAUGUCGAGACAACCUUGGUUGUACUUACGAAUAUGUCUGUUCGGAUAUUGGUUAUUUCCCUAAGUGUACUGAGGGUUGUUCCAGGCAUUAUUACAGUUGUGAUGCCUCUCAUAUUAACCAGCUAGCAGAGACAAUUACUUGUUCUGAUAGCAUGCUUUUCCAUCCUGAUCUGAUGUUGUGUGUUGAACCUAUAUUGUGCCCUUAUCCCCAAGAAUAAUAAGAAUUCUGUAAGGUUAUUGUCUACUAACCCAUUGGUGCACUAGAGUGCACGUAAGAACAAGCUUGAGAUGAUGCUCUUCUUAAUCUGGAUUGAAUGGUGGCUGUACAAACAGACAUAGUUGGCAGUGUGAGUGCACUCAUGGUAUACAGCCCUUGAAAGCGGGACUAAGAAAAAGAAAUUCUCAAAACACAAUUCUCCAAAUUAGGAUAAUUAGGUUAAUUAAACAAGGAGAGAAGCAAACAGCAACUAUUAUAAAAACGCAGUUUACAAAAACUCAACCCCAUCCAGCAACUCUCAGUUCACGGUACAGUACCACCAUGGUACAUUCAAUCAUCUCAACAAAGUGACCAACAAUCACAUUCUAUCCCAACACACUAAGAAAUCUCUCUACCAAGAAACACAAACAUUCAGCUACACGAGACACACCAGAAGUUUACCAGAUACCAUGUGAAGACUGCAACCAAGUAUACAUGGGACAAACAGGACGAACACUGUCUACCAGAUACUAUGUGAAGACUGCAACCAAGUAUACAUGGGACAAACAGGACGAACACUGUCUACCAGCUACCAUGUAAAGACUGCAACCAAGUAUACAUGGGACAGACAGGACGAACACUGUCUACCAGAUACCAUGUGAAGACUGCAACCAAGUAUACAUGGGACAGACAGGACGAACACUGUCUACCAGCUACCAUGUAAAGACUGCAACCAAGUAUACAUGGGACAAACAGGACGAACACUGUCUACCAGAUACCAUGUGAAGACUGCAACCAAGUAUACAUGGACAGACAGGACGAACACUGUCUACCAGCUACCAUGUAAAGACUGCAACCAAGUAUACAUGGGACAGACAGGACGAACACUGUCUACCAGCUACCAUGUAAAGACUGCAACCAAGUAUACAUGGGACAAACAGGACGAACACUGUCUACCAGCUACCAUGUAAAGACUGCAACCAAGUAUACAUGGGACAAACAGGACGAACACUGUCUACCAGCUACCAUGUAAAGACUGCAACCAAGUAUACAUGGGACAGACAGGACGAACACUGUCUACCAGCUACCAUGUGAAGACUGCAACCAAGUAUACAUGGGACAGAGAGGAUGAACACUGUCUACCAGCUAC